CGUGAAAGCAACGCCGUGAUCGCCCAGCUGCCCCCUGAACGCACCCCUCGCUUCACCCCAAGGGCAGGGUUGGGAGCUGUGCUCCGAGCCUCCUGGCGCGGCCCACAGCCUGACCCCCGACUGCACCAGUGCUCUGCAGCCUGCACAGGCCGCGGGGAGCCUCCUGGCGCUGCCCCGCAAUUGGCCCCUCCCACUCGACCCCCUCGCUGGCAGCCCGCCCGCCCCCUGGCGCCCAUGGCUGCCGUAGCAGCCGCCGCCAGCGACCCCGCCCUCGGCAGCAGCGCCGCCAGCCCCGGCGGCGAGGGCGCCAGCCCGCGGCAGGACGCCGCCUGCCGGCGCCGCGCCGGACCGGCCGCCUGGCUGCGCCGCGCGCUGCGCGGGGCACAGGCGGUCGCCGAGGAGCGCCCCGUGGCGCAGGCCCCUGACGACGACGACGAGGUAGACGACGCUUCGUACGACGGCGGCGCCGCCGAGCCUCUGGACGACUUCUCGUUUGGCAGCCUGCCGGAGCACCUCCUCGAGAAGGUCUUCUCCCACCUGCGCGGCACCAACCGCAGGCACCACUUUGCCAUCUGCGGCGUGAACCGACAGUGGCGGCGUCUGGGCCAGGCCAUGUUCUUCAGCCGGCCCUGGGAGGUGGCCCAUCUCAUCUGCCACCCCACCCAGCUCUUCUGCCUGAGCCCCCGCAAUGUGACCGGCUCCCGCUCCGGCCUUCUCAAGUGCUUUGUGCGGCGGGAGCACGGCCCCUCGGGCAAGCGCUUCACUUUCCACAUCGGGAAGGAUGCCAGCCAGCCGCAGCGAUCCCGCUUCCUCAUGGCGGCCAAGCAGGGCGGACGCGACGAGACGCACCUCUUCCUCAACAGCCGCUGCGAGGGCCCGCCCUGCGCCCGCCUGCGCUGCAACAUGUUUGCCACACAGGCAAGCCCCGGCUCCCCUGCUGCGCGCCACUGCUCAGCUUACAAGCUUACGCUGGCCGAAGACCUGCAGCUUGAGCCUACUGGCACCUCCCGCAGCCGCUGCCAGGCCGCCGCCGCGGCCGAGGCCGGCGCCGCCGCGCGCCGCGGCGCCCCCUGCCGCCUGUCCAGCUGGGGCGAGGAGGCGGCGGCCGAGGCGGCGGCGGCGGUGGCGGCGGCCGCGGUGGCGGCGCAGCGGCGGCACGCGCCGCAGGAGGGGCUGCCCCGCCCGGACCAGCUGGGGGUGGACUGCUUUGCAGAUCUGCAGUACCAGGCCCGCGUCAAGGGCUUCAUGCAGCCGCGCAGGAUGCGGGUCCUGCUGCCCCACCCCAGCCUCCUGUUUUACGACCAGCAGCUGCCCCAGCUGUCGCGCCGCUUCUCGGAGCUGGAGCUGCGGCCGGCCACGCCGCCGACCGGCGCCUGCGCUGGUGCCGGCGGCGCCCUGGCACCCUCCGGCAGCGCCAGCGCCCGCCGCGCCUCGCAGUCUCCCUCCAGCAGCCGCGCAGGGUCAGCAGACGGCAGCCCCCAGCCGCCACCUGCGCUCGGCGGCGGUGAGGAGCCCGCGGCGGCACCGGCCGCGGGCCGGCUGGGCCGCCUGCUGUCGCUGGGGCGGCGUGGCGGCGGCCGGCAGCAGCUGGGCCGCUUGCUGCGCCAGCACAAGACCGUGCCUGCAGACGAGGGCCUGCAGCCGGUGGUGCUGCAGAACAAGGCGCCGCACUGGAACGAGGGGCUGCGCUGCUGGUGCCUCAACUUCCGGGGGCGGGUGAAGCUGGCCAGCGUGAAGAACUUCCAGCUGGUGCGCGGGGAUGAUCCUGGGGAGCGCGUGGUGAUGCAGUUUGGCAAGGCGGAGCAGGAUGCAUUCAUCCUUGACUUCAACCCCACAGUGCUGACGGCGGUGGAGGCGUUUGGCGUGGUGCUGUCCACCUUUGACUCGAAGCUCUUCCUCUAGCUGCCCGGCUGCCGCGUUCCGCUACCCUGCCUCUGGUUGUCUGUUUCCUGGUUGUUUGAGUCCCUAGCGCCAGUCGGCUGUCUGCCACCGCCAGCUACCCAUGUUUUACUACCCUCGUGUUUUCCCCCACGCAAUGCAUACAUGUG